AUGGCCCCCAAGAUCAAUCGUACGGCUCGCGGAAAGAAGACCGUUUCAGACCAGGUCCUGGUACCCAAGCCUAUGCGUCAGAAUGGCCCUCCAACCUACUCGAACCGCGACUUGCUUGAGAUAGGCUUGUCCAAGACAAACGCGCGACCUAAGAUCUCCCAGAUCGAAGAGGUAGCCAGACACUUCACUUCAAGAUCGCUUGAAGGCAAGCUGAACAAACUUCCGCCCAAUGACGAGUGGACCUUCAUCGAGAUUGGAGAAAGCCGCAUCAAGGACGAGAACACUCUCGACUUGAAGUUAUUCUGCGGCGAGAAUCCUGCAUACAAGACCUGGGCUAUCGUGAAAGUGUAUAGCAACACAGCCACGAAAAAGAGGCAGAAGGCCACGGAGGUCCUAUUCAUCAAUGAAUAUGCGACCGGCGAGAAGGAGUUCGCAACCGAGAUCACAGACCUGGCACUGAUGUACCCCCUAAAGGUCUUCAAGAAGCGCUAUUCCGGCAGUGAAUAUUUUAUGAGGCAGUUGAAGACACUCAUUCUUUAUCUCUACUUGGACACCGGCCACGCAACAACGGUGUUCCCAAGAGACUUCAAAACUGCUAGGGGUUACAUUUCAUCAGCCAUCAAGCGUAUCAGCGAUGACUAUGAUGCGAAGGGAAUUGACAAAGUCCCGAACCUUCAUCCGCCAGGUGAAGACUUUUCGUUCCAACGUGGCCACCAUCCUCGAACCACCUCCUAUUGGCCCCCCAAGAAGUAUGACGAUGAUACCAAGACCGUAAUCUCCGACGACGACGACGAAGACGAUCUCACCAUUGGCGCAGACCAGCCUUUGGCCGACAAGACUUCUCCUGUGUCUCAGGCAUUGAACGGAAUGGGGCCGCCGGACCCUCUUGAUCUUCCUGCAAGUGCACAGCCAGACAUUGAGUCCAUGGUGGACACUGUUUCCCUUGCAGAUCAAGGUGGUCCUUGCUCUGGAACGAAGCGGCGCGCAGACGACAAUGACACCAUCUCGGAGCUUCUGCACCUAAAGCAUGCACGAAAGGAGCUGGCUAGGGAAGACACGGCAAAUAGGGAGGAAGCCAAGAAGAAGCAUGUGCUCAACCGGGCAAAAGAUCGCGAGAUGAAGGUAAAGAUUGAGGCUCUGUUGAAGGAGAUGUCUCCAGGAGAAUUCCAAAAGUGGGCAUUGAGCGGUGGUGUGCUUGGUGAUGAAAAGGAGUAGAGAGGUCGAAAGGUGAUGGCAACAUGACUUCACGUACAUAGUCGAACUAAAGUCGUAUUUGGACAAGUCUUGCCUGAACAGCAAAAUGAUUUACACUUCAUGCACCCUCCUUGUAUACCAAG